AUGUAUCACUUUGUGUCUGAACAAACCCCGGAGCUGCGGCUCUCGCCGGAUUCGUUGGUCACCAGCCACGUGACGCAGUACCUCAAGGGCUUCCAGUUGGAUGCAGUCCGCUUCCUAUACGAACAUAUUUCGAAGCGGGAAUUUUGUAUCCUAAACGAUGAAAGUGGUCUUGGUAAACUGGCCACGGUGGCGGCACUUCUCAGUGCCCUAGAUCCCGCAAAGAAAACCCUUAUUGUGCUACAGAACGAUGAGCACCUGCUCGCCGGUUGGCGGUUUCACUUGGACAUACUCACCGACCUGCAGGUGUACACCAUUCAAGGGGUGCAAGACACCACAGACUCGCCAUACAACGUUUACCUUGCCAAGUGGAGUCAGUUGCGCAGCAUUGGAGAUCUCAGCCGCCUCAAAUUCGACUACGUUCUGGUGGACAAUCGGGGGCACUCUCUGAACAACAGCUUUUGCACCUCCAUGCUGCUCAAACAUUUCGAGGGGCGGGUAAAUAUGGUUAUCUCCAGUGUUGACAUUACGUCCGAGGUGAAGUUGCUGUACAAUGUAUUACGGUUAGGCGGACGUCUGGAGCAUCAGUACCGGAGUUUUCAAAGCUUCGAUCGCAAGUUCCACCUGCCGGACCCGAAGGAGGUGUUCAGCAAGCGUAUAGAUCUCGAGGAGUACUACAAACAGAGAGGUUUCCUCAGCGAGUAUAUCAAGGACUUUCGUUUGCGCCGUUUCCGCCAUCAGUUCGACAAAAGCCUGCCUCUCGUGGCUCCCGAGCAAUAUAAACACAACCUAAACCUCUGGUUGGCCUCGAAAAACAGCCAGAGCACGCUGAGUGGCUCAUCAGAAGUUUGUUCCACAAUCGCUUCCAUAGACAACAGUACGGCUCUGCGGAUCGAAACUGUGCAGCCUGAGGAAGCGGAUAAGUUAUCCGAGCACAGCGUGGAUGAUGUGGUGGCCAUGUCUCCGCUGAUCUUCGAAUCUUCCGACUCUGAUGUUGAACCUAUAACAGUGGAACCGGCCAUUGACAAAAAUCAGAUCUUGGUGGUUUCCAGCGAUGAUUGCGAGAUCGUGACGCCACCAAACACGCCGCCGAAUCGCAUGCCCACCUUAAACGAAUCGCCAAGAUUGAAAUCCAAAAGAUUCAGCAAGCGGCAGACACCUCAGAAAAAAGCCGAUCUCUCCGAUUCGGAGGAGGAGCAUGAAGUGGUGGAGUUGCCGCCAAAAAAAGGGACACGAUCUGUUACCGCUACUUUUACUCCCAAGACAAGAAGGCUUAAUGUACGACUGUUGAGGGUUUCGAUGGAUACCCUAAGCACACCACCUCCGUCUAGAACUGUUCCUGCGCUUGCCACACCCAAAACGGAGCCCUCUGUUAGAAGGAAAAAUCCGAAACCACGAUAUGUGAGUCCAGUAGACACCGGUCGACCGGCCACAAGAGGAAUGCAGCGUUUAACGCGAUCGGCUGAAUCCAAAUUGAACAGCAAGUACUUAUCUCGCCCCACACUCGAAAAUGUGAAGCGAAGUACUUCAAGAAGAAUCAAGGCUGAGGGAAAUCAAACGCCCAAAUCAAGCAAACCCAGAGUGAAGCAGGAGCCGAAGGAGAAGCAGGUAGCCAAGCCGGAAAAGGAGCAGAAGUCCAUGGAGAAGCCUGCGCAGGAAACUCCCAAACGGAAAGUAGGACGUCCAAGAAAACGCAAACCAAACGCCGAACCUCUAAAAAAAUCCGAUCCUAAGACGAAUCCCGAACCCUUGGCACCUACUCCUCAAGUGCUCAGCGCCAGUUCCUUGUCCUCGGAGUACAUGCAGUGUGCUCAGCCAAUCCCAGACAACUUGGAUGCCGUUGAGUCUGCUGCCUUUCGAGUGCCCUUCACCCCUCAGCCAACCAUUUUGCCACUGACGUUGCCAUCAGUUUUUAACUUGCUCAGUGACUCCGAUGUGGUCGCAAUUCCGUUGAGCAAGGAGCAAGCUGAAACAGUGGUGAUCAACAGUUCGCACGAUGAGAGUUCGCAGCAGGAUCCGUCGCAGAGUCGUCGCACCAAGGCAUUGAAAAGGAAACGCAAGCAGGAGCCGCCAGUGAGUUCCAGUUUUGGCGGAGGCUUGGGCUUGCCACCGUCCAAGAGAAGUGCGAACAAGUCACCGGAUCUGUUUAGCAUCUCCUCGGAUCUCUCGCAGAUUCCCCUCGCACAGCCACGUCCCUCCUCUCCGUUCGAGGGCUUCAAGAUAUUCGGCUCUGAGGUGAAGCAGUUUCAGCAGCAGCAUGCCAAAACAAAUGUAUCGGGCCCGAAGAAGAAGCGUGAUCGAUCUUGCUUGGACAUCCUGGAGCAAAUGUUUGAGCCACGACAGCAGCCACAGCAGCAGGAGAAGACUAGUCCCAAGGUAUUGCCCACCUUGCCACAGACACAGAAAGAUGAUGGGACGCCGACCAUCACGCAGAGGAGAAGAACUCUAUUGGAAGAUGACUUUUUCGAGAUUACCAACAAUGGACAGUUUGGCAGUCGAAUGAGGCUGAAUUCCUCCGGAGAUGUGUCACCCGUGCAACAAGAUCCACAGACUGCCAGGCCCACGCAGGCCAACAAAAUCACCAACUACUUGAUCGGUUCCGGAAUCACUCAGGAGAAGACGCAGCCGACAAGCGGAACUCGCAACUCUAUUGUUGCAUCGCUUCGCAAGUCCCCAAAAUCUCCGAAGCAGAGUGGAAAGUCCACACAGGCCACCAAGCUCACCCGCUGGUUUGGCGCCGUUUUCGGCGGAGGAACCUCACAGACCAGCUCAGUGGAAUCGGUUAGUGCACCAAGUACGCCGGUGGCUUCCACCACGAGUGCAUCAGCUUGUCAAACCCGAUCAUCAAGGAGUGGUGGAGCCAGAGGGCCCACAAAGAGAAAGCGGUUGGAACUGUUCAAAUAGGAGCAGGAUAAAUACAACGUUCAAAGGAAAAACAUUUGAUAUAAGUUAACAAUUUUGGAAAAGAAUACGAACAGAUUUCUUAACUGCAAUACCUUAUAAAAAAAAUUUACAAAAGAAUGCAUGCAAAAUCAUCUGAAAGUGAUAAUUUAGCUCUAUCAAUCAAUCAAAAGCCAAGAAACAGUUAACAGCAUUCAAAUUUGGACAAAAGACUCUUUCGUAGGUUGUAAAAACAAUGUGGUACAAUGUUAGUCGUAGAACAUUACACCCACUCGAGUAAUUAACUAGCUAAUUUAGUUAAAUUUCUAUAACACUGAAGAUUAUUUUAUAAAAUUAAAGAGACACUGAACAUUAUCGGAUAUUUAUUUUCGAAAACAAUUUUAUUUUUUUUUAAUUGAAGCAUUCGGUUAUUAAAGUUCAGUUAUUUAUGUAGUUCCAUAUGCCCGCCAUAAUGUAUGCCAGCAACUAUGAAAAUUUUGUAGUUAAAUUAUUUGUGUGCGCAUUAAAAUGUGUUAAAACAAUUUUAAAGAAGAAACCCGCUGUAAAGUUAUUCAAUUUUUUAGAGAAAAAUUCAACCCACUAAUUUAAUUAUCUUAAAGAUUUUUUUUUCAAAGAAUAAAGAAACAUUUUUAAGGGUUUAGUUUUAAAAA